CAAGAAAAAACAAGGGUCAAACUAACUGCCAAAAUGCAAGCUAAAGCAGAGAAAGUCACAGUCAAGUUUAGAACUUUGGAUGUGAGCCACACAGCUUUUACACUCGGACCCCACUUGGUGAUGGUGAACCUGCAUCUUCUCGUCUGUCCUAGGUUGGUUCAUCUCUUCCCUUAGCUGUGGGCAAGAUUCAAAAUGCCUUAAAAUAUUGUAUCUGAUCCGUUAACCCAAUUAGAGGCCUUCCUUCAUUCUCUUAUCUUUCCCUCUUAAUUUAAUCUCUAUCUCCGAGUUUCUCCAAAAGUAAUUGAUUUGAAUCACACCCAACUGGGUUGGUUUCCCGAUUCGGCAAAUGGCUUUGCUGAGUCCUCGGUUGCACAGAUUCCGCCUAACCAAGCUCCACCAUGCCUCCGCCUCCAAACCCACCAAGACAAACGACCUCACUGUCUCAAGAAAAAGCCGAUGCUGCUCCGCCAUAGCUAUUGAUGCUCCUUCUUCUUUAACGGAUGCUGCGGGAAUCAGAUGGGGUUCCACUACUCUGCAAGGCUUGCGCGAAGAAAUGGAGGACGAUGCUGUUGUGCGAUCUGAUGGUCUUAAUGGCUUCUCGUUUGCUGCAGUUUUCGACGGCCAUGGCGGCUAUUCCUCCGUCAAGUUCCUCAGGGAGGAGCUGUAUAAAGACUGUGUAGCAGCUUUACAAGGUGGCCUGCUGUUGAAUGGAGGGGAUUUUGAAGUGAUAAAAGCGGCUUUGGAGAAGGCUUUUGAUGAUACUGAUAAAAGAUUACUGCUUUUGCUUGAGGCAGCUGGGGAGGAAGAUGAAUCUGGUUCCACUGCAACUGUUGCAUUCAUACGAAACGAUGUGCUGUUCAUUUCACAUGUUGGCGAUUCAUGCGUGGUUUUGUCACGUUCCGGAGGAGCACAGGUGUUGACUACUUCUCAUCGGCCUUACGGAAACAACAGCACUUCACUGCAAGAAAUUAGAAGAAUUAGAGAAGCAGGUGGAUGGAUUUCUAACGGAAGAAUCUGUGGGGACAUCUCUGUAUCUCGUGCAUUUGGUGACAUACGAUUCAAGUCAAAGAAAAACGAUAUGCUACAGAAGGGAGUUCAAGAAGGCAGAUGGUCUGAAAAAUUUGUUUCUCGUGUACAGUUCAAUGGAGACUUGGUUACUUCAUUACCAGAAAUUUUUCAAGUUACUCUCGGAUCAAAUGUCGAGUUUAUACUGAUAGCGUCGGACGGUCUAUUGGAUUACAUGAACAGUUCCGAUGCAGUUAAGUUUGUUCGGAAUCACCUCAGACAGAACGGCGAUGUUCAGCUAGCUUGUGAAGCCCUCGCUCAAGCAGCCUUGGAAAAUGGGUCACAAGACAAUAUCAGCAUUAUCAUGGCUGAUUUAGGGCGGACAGAUUGGAAGAAUUUGCCCCUUAAGCAAGACAAUGUCAUAUUCGAACUGGCUCAAGCUUUCGCAACGAUCGGGGUAGUUUCUUUCGGUAUUUGGUGGGCAUCCUCUAUUUUCACUCUUUAAAGUUGUUGUCUCUCACUAUUGUAUAACCAGGUUCAUCUUCCAUACUUGUCAUCUGUAAAGUGUAAUUGAAUAGUUAUACAAUGUAUCACAUCUUACCACUGCUAGUUUAGACAACUUAACAUGCCCUCACAAGAGUUGCAGAAUUCUUCUU